AUGAACCAUACUAACCUGGGCUUGGUAGAGUCCACCUGGGUCUCGAGGGGUGACUCCAACGAAGGAGAGGCAGAGCAGAGCAGCAGUCCCAGUCGUACAGGAGUGGGUUCUGAUCAGGAGGACAGUCGAACCGCCACCAUGGAUGGUCCAGAGUUCCAGGAGAGUUUUGUGACAUCAGGAGUUUUCAGUGUCACUGAGCUGGUCCAGGUCUCAAGAACUCCUGUAGUCACAGGAGUAGGACCUAGUUUCUCUAUGGGGGAGCUUCAGGGUCAUCUGGCUUACGACCUCAACCAGUCUGUCAACCAGCCAGUCAGCCUCAGACGAUCACUGGCCAGCACCUCAUCCAGCGGGAGUAAGCGUCAUAAGUCUGGCUCUAUGGAGGAAGAGGCUGACAGUCCAGGAGGGGAGUAUUACCACUCACCUUCCUCUCCUGCCAGCAGCUCCAGAAACUGGACCGAUGACAUGGAGGGAGGUCUGUCUCCUCCAGUGAAGAAGGCAGAGCUGGACAGUCCCUCCCCCCAGGAAGACUCACCAAGACUGGGCUCUUUCACUCAGCAUCAUCGACCAGUCAUAGCUGUUCACAGUGGUCUGUCUCGGAGUCCCCACCCCUCCUCAUCUCUUCAUUUCCCGUCCUCCUCCUACUUCCCCCAUGGAGCAAUCCGCUAUCCUCCUCACCUGGCCCAGGACCCCCUAAAAGAUCUCGUCUCACUGGCCUGCGACCCUGCCAAUCAAGCGUCCAGCUCGGUAAGGACAGCCAGUCAAAAUUCUGAUAUAACUGAUGCUAGUAGCAUCAACGCUAACCUCUUUAGCAGUGAACAGUUUCUGGCUGCAUCACACCGGACGCCCACCCCCAUAGCUGCAGCCCAGGAGUGGCAGCAGUGA